AUGGCGAUCAAGAGACUGCAGGCGAUGCGGGCCGCCGCCGCUGCUGCUGCUGCUGCAGCACAGACUAAUCAACCAGUCCCACUGUCUGUUCCUCGUAUCGCUCUGCUUCCUUCUGUCUACGACGAGCCGUCCUCGGCGUCGACCAGUCCCCGCGCUGGUCCUGCCGACGAACAGCCCUUGAUCCUAUACGGCGAUACUGAGAUGGAGGACGCUCCCAGCAACCAAGACAACUAUUCUCACUCGCACACGACCUUUUCGCCUGAUGCCAAACCUUUCAUUCCUCCGAGUAUCAACGCUCCUAGACGCACUCCUGCUUCCGUCGCUGCUGACAACAUGGCUCCUCCUACCAUGGCUCCACCCAGAAGACUUCCUCCCCACCACAAACUCCAGAGCCGCGCUCCGGCCAAUUCCGUGCCUACUGCGCCUGCCGUGGCCGUUCCUUCUCCCACCGUCAAGACAGAGCCUCCUGCCUCGCCCAGUCUCAGUACGCGCAGCUACAGGCCUGCUCCCCACACCAGGCUAGGACCUCAUGUCCAGAAGGCAACCGCUGCUGCUCAGAUGCAGCGUCCCGCCCAACCCGCAGCUUCUACCCCCGUCCAGAACGGUUCCCCUGCCAAUGCACAAAACACUUUGGUCAAUCUUCAUCACACACCCGAGUCCGAUCAAGACACUUGGGUUAAGGUCCAAGAGCCUUCUAAGGUCGUGGCCAGUACCUGGGUUGAUCUUCGCGAACUUGAUGUCAAGACAGGAACCGAGUCUACCGACACCGACCGCUCUUCUGCCCACGUCGAUACCAAAUUCGACACGCAAGCUCCUAUGGCUGUCACCCACGGACACUGUUCCAGCCCCAAGGCCAAGCCAUCCGAAUCCGACAACGAGGUCUUUGCAGCGUCUACUGCUGCUUACAAUUCGGAAACGAUGACAAAUGGUACUCGUCGCUUCAGUCGCAACGAGUGGAUUCCCAUGCUACUCAGCAUGAAUGACAGUGAUGAAGGUCGUCAACUCAUUCGUGCCUUUGCUGACCACAUCCGUGCUGGAGUCGAUAACAACCAGACUGAAAACUCGAACUCAAACACCGAGCAGGGUUUGUCCAUGGAGUUUGCGGAUGGCCAGCGUCUCCCGGCUACUGUUCCCCGUAGCACAACUAUCAGCGAGAUGACAAAGGAGUUUGCCGAGCUGAUCCAGGUCAACGAGUCCGAUAUCAGCGUCGUAUUGAAGACAGUUCCGUUGUUCGCAGUGCACGCUCUCCGUGCGCAAGCCCGUCUGAGCAAUGCAGCCAAUGCGCUCCAGAUCCUCCACAUGAGCAUUUACUCAAGCAAUGAAGCCCUCGCAGACCUACAACAGUAUAUAAGCCACCUGGAAGAACUUCUAACGAUCGAACUUGGAGCCGAAGAAUUCGCUCGCCGUCUCGAGUCUCUCCAAUCCAGGGACAACGAGAGCCUGUUCAUCCCAGAAGACACUCCAAGAACCAGGAAACGCAGCGGAUCUGCAAGCUCAGAGAAUGGUUCCUCGCCCAAAAAGUCUCGUUCCAAUUCUUUGGCCUCGUCGUUGAGCCAUGCCUCUAGCCUCGGCAGAAGCAUCCUCGACAAGCCCAAAGUUGCACAGAGCAAUGCUCUCUCGCCGGAUGUUUCGCCAAAGACCUCUCGCAAGCCAUCUGUUGCAGAGAUUGCUACAGUGAAUGAUCAAAGAGCAACCGCACAAGAAUUGGCUCUUCGCUCUGCACAGCCUUUUCAGCAGAUUUGCCGUGCACCUCAGGCUGUCAUGUUGCCAAAUGUUCAGCAACCUCUCCGUACACCUCAGGCCGUCAUGCUGCCAAACGUUCAGCCUUCAUCCAACUUCCAAAACAGAUCGGGCUUGCCCCUGACGGCUAAGUCACCUCAAGACCUCGCUACAGCUCAACGUCCCCAAACGCAGCCCUCGACUACCUCAACGAGAAAGGACUCGUCUCAACCUGGUGGAGUGUCGAAGACUACCCGCAACGCACCCAUGUCAUCUCUCCAAAACACAUCAUCUCUGUCUAAGACUCCCUCCAAGCCUCUUUCGAAACCUAUUGUACGCAAGCUACCGAAACAGCCAGCAUUCUCCGCAGCACAGUUCACUUUUUCUGCAGAGAAACUACUAGCGCUUGCAAACAAGUCGUCGCCUUCUUCGACCAAGCUGUCCCCUUCUGCUGGCACAGCACCUUCUUCUGCCAGCAAAGCAGCUUCUCCUGCAAGCAGAUUGCCUUCAUCUGUAUACAGACCAUCACCCUCAUCGACCAAGUCAUCGCCUUCUACAAACAGGCCACGCAAGCCAUCGCCUUCUUCGAACAACCCACAUUCUGCAGGUAAACCCUUUUCUGUGCCUAGUUCUUCCUUGAGAGAAUCAACAUCUGUUGCGAGAAAGCCAUGGCGUGCUGUCAAAAAGGGAUGA